CGAACAAUUGCCAAUCGAAUUCAAUAGUUCACCAUGUUUCCUAAGAUUAGGUUCACGAUUUUCGUAUCAGUAUUAUUUUUAGCUGUAGCUACUGCACAAGAUCCCUCAGGUUGGGAGAAUGUUUUUGCUUCUAAUAGAAGCCAUGUUAUGCCUUUACGACAUUUUGAAGGUAAAACCUAUUACUUAGGAUAUCAUAUAAAGGCUUCAUAUAUGAUUGCCAUGCAAUUCUGCAGUAAUAUCCACAUGAAACUUUUAUCUAUCAGAAGUGAAAAAGAGAAUACCAUGAUACAUAAAUUCAUGAGAGAUGCUAAUAAACUGGGAGGAUAUUGGACUUCAGGGGCAAAAUUUCUAGAUAACGUCAACUGGAUUUGGAUGGCUUACGGCCAAAACAUUGAAUACACAAAUUGGGGCAAAAAUCAACCAGACGAAACCAACGACAAAUGCUUACAAGUAUAUUCCAAUGGGUAUAAUCUUCUUUGGAACGAUCUCAACUGUGAUGCACUAAAUUAUUUUAUCUGCGAGAGAUAUGAACCAAAAAUAUAUGCAAGUUAUUUAAAUAAUCGAGAAUCAACAUGGGAUGAUUUGUUGAGUCAAUCAAGUAUCUCAGCAAACAUUGGUUUACUACAUUUUGGUCAAAAAAAGUACUACUUUGCAAAAUAUAUCUCAGGAUCCUUUAUGCAAGCUAUUGAGUUUUGUAAAAUUAUUAACAUGCAGUUGGUUUCAAUAACAGAUAAAGAAGAAAAUGACAGACUGAGCAAAUACAUUCGUGACACUAAUUCUGGCAACAGCUGGUGGUCUUCUGGGUCAAGAUUACUCGAUGGAAAAAACUGGGUAUGGUUUACGAAAGGGACACCAAUAGAAUACACUAACUGGGGUUUAAAUCAACCAGACACCAACGACGAGAUGUGCUUGAAAUUAGUGCAUAGUAAUGAUAAUGGAAUAAAGUGGGCAGAUGAAUAUUGUACUGCUGCCAAUCGAAUAAUAUGUGAAAGUAAUGACGCCGAUGAUAUUGAUUAUGAUAGAGAUUUUCCUGGUUUUGGAUAUCCCAAUUCUCCAUAUCCAUAUGGUAGAAAUCCUCCUAAUGGUAGAUAUCCCAAUUCUAGAUAUCCAGUCGGUAAACCUGCACUGAAUAACAGGGGAGGACUUACACAACUACCUGUACCUACAAGAAGUGAUGAGGAAUGGGAGGAGUUGUUACAAGACCCAGAUCGUACACCAUUUGUUUCUAGAUAUCAUGGAGGAAAAAGAUAUCACGUUGAAACCCUAAUUCCAGGUACUCAAAAGCAAGCAGCAAGAUUCUGUGAAUAUCAUGAGAUGCAACUUUUAGAAGUAAAUGAUGAAUAUGUAAACGAUGAUUUAGCGUGGCUUUUGUUGGAUUUACAAAAUGUUUCUGGCCCUUAUUGGAUUGGCGGUAAGAAAAUACUCGGAACCUGGAGAUGGCCUACUGCACAGCAAGAUAUAACCUAUUCCAACUGGGCAGUUGGUAAACCAAGCAGAAGGGGUUCUAAAGAAUGCAUCCAAGUAGACCAGAUGGGCUUUUGGAGUGAUGAAGAUUGCAACAACGUUCGGUAUUUUAUAUGCGAAGUACAAAUGUCUCCAGGAAAGCCAGUUCCUACUAAACCAAGUGUAUCCACCGGACAGGGACAGUGUCCUGAACCGGUUAUUAAUGUUUAUAUUAAUACCAACUUAGACGGUGAUUCGUCAUCAAACCUUAUUUCUUCCAAAGAUGUUAAAUUAAGUGAUAGUGGUUACCAAGUUCUUGUAAAUAAUAAAAUAAAUUUGGAUAAAAACGCUGCUGGUGGAAAUGGAAAUAUCGCAAAGACUACUACUGAAUCUUACUAUGAUCAAUUAAAUGGUUUAGGAGGACUAUAGUCGGGUAAUAGACUUUGGAGUGCAAGGAUGUUAAUUUGUAUAUAUAUGUAAUAAACGUACACUGUAAAAUUAUUUAAAUAAAUUGAUACAAACAGA